AUGGAGGUCUACACCUUACAACGGGAAUUAGGCCGAGGCAGCUACGGAGUUGUCUUCGAAGGUCGAGUGGUAGAGACGGGCCGGUGGGGAAAACGAGGGGACAGAGUGGCUAUCAAACGGCUGUCCUGCUGUAGCCCAGAAAGCAUUGAGCUGUACUUACAGGAACUGUGGGCUAUGAGAGCCACAGCAAGUAACCAUCCCAACGUAAUUGCCCUUCAUAACUGCUUCUUGCAGACCGGACCUAAGAUAUUGCAACCCCUGAGAGCCGGGAGGUUACCGUUGGACCUUGUCGAAAGUGCACUGAAAGGAAGGGUGGUAGAUAAAGAUUCAAAAAGCCAGAAAAGGAAACACCCAAGAUCAUCUAAAUUCAAAAGGAGAUCGGCAACCCCGGAGCAGGAGUCUAGGCGGUGCUUUGCUUUGUGGUUGGUAAUGGAGCACUGUGACGGGGGAGACUUGAACCAGUACAUACUCUCGAGGCCUCCGGACACUCAGCGCAACCACAGCGUUGUCCAACAGCUAAGCAGUGCAAUGACAUUUCUGCAUGGUCUGGGAAUUGUGCACCGGGACCUAAAGCCUGAUAAUGUGCUUGUGAGUUUAACCUCCGCAGGACCAGUCAUCAAGGUAGCAGAUUUUGGUCUCAGUAAGAUGGUAGAGGGCUCCACUGAUGGUGAUCAGAGCAGACUGGCUCUCUCCUCCACCUGUGGCUCAGACUUUUACAUGGCCCCAGAGGUGUGGGCUGGCCGUAGCUACACAGCACAGGCAGAUAUCUUCUCUUUGGGUGUGCUGUUUUGGGCCGUGCUGGAGAGGAUCACCUUCCUGGAGGAUGGUUCCAACCAGGAGCAACUCGGAGCAUACAUCGAACGAGGACGGUGGCUAACCCCCCUUGGCGAAGCCUUGUGCCAGAACCCCGAUCUACAGCUGGUCAUUCCUAUGAGGGCACGACGAGCUCCACCGCUGCCCCCACCUCCUAACCCCGCCCUCUGCGCCCUCCUGUUGAAUAUGCUAGCGUCUGACCCCGACGCCCGACCCACAGCACAGCAGCUAGAGGAACGGGUCUGCUUUGCUCUGGACCAACACUAA